AUGUUCUCCGGAAACCACCGGAGCCGGGUCACCGCGGCCAGGGGCUCCGCCCUGGAGAUGCAGUUCAAACACAGCUGCUGCUGGCUCAGCCUCUUCUGCGACCCACCGGAGGACACGUCGCAAAGAACGCUACACCAUGAGACCCGGACGAGGGAAGGGGCCCGCCAGCUGCCGGUGGCCUGCUCCCACCAGAGUGUGCUGGUGGGCAACAGCUGCACCGCCGGCUACACGGGCGAGAGGCAGCGGCGCGAGGCGGCGCAGGUGCUGAGGAAGACAGGCCAGCGGCCUCCUGGCAGCGGGCCACCUGCUGAGCGCUCCCCCUGCCGCGGCCAGGUCUGCACUUCUGACCUCCGGAUCCCACUCAUGUGGAAGGACACAGAAGAUUUCAAGACCGAAGGCGACCUGCACCAUCGGGCUGUGUUCUUGCUGCUGCAGACAGGGGAAUGCACUCAGGACACGGAGACGAUCCUGGCGGACAGGACCCUCACGGCCGUCUCCUUUCACAACAACGUGCUCUUUGCCGAGGCAGGGCCAGACUCUGAACUGCGGCUGGAGCUAUAUGGGGCCUGCGUGGAAGAGGAGGGGGCCCUGGCUGGAGCCCCCAAGAGGCUUGCCACCAAGCUCAGCAGCUGCCUGGGCUGCUCCUCGGGGAGGCGCGUGCAGGCGUCGCUGGAGACAGCUAGGGGCUCGGGAAGCAGUCCCAUCUUGCUCCCCACCGCAGCUGCUGGUGGUCCUCGUUACCACCGCUUGGCUCAUACCACUCUCACCCUGGCAGCGGUGCAAGAUGGGUCCCACACACUUGACCUGACCGUCACCAGUCAUGAGGACCCCGCCUGGCUGCCCCUCGAUGGCAGCGUGUGUUGCUGUCUGGUGGCUCAGCCUUUCUGCGUGGCUCAGCCUACUGCAGGGGGUACCCUCGGAGCGCAGCAAGCUGGGGAGCUGCAGGACUGGGUGCGAGCGCGUGGAGUCUUGAAAGGCACAAACCGCUUCUGUUACCAUCAACCUGAAGACACAGACACUGGGGAGGAGCCGCUGUUUACUGUUGUGAUCAACAAGGAGACUCAAGUCCGGGCAGGGGAGCUGGACCAAGCAGUGGGCCGGCCCUUCACUCUGGGCAUCAGUAACCAGUAUGGGGAGGAUGGGACACACACGCUUCAGGCAGAGAGCUGGGGAGCCCUGCAGAGCUGGACGGAAGCUCUGCGGCAGCUUUUCUUUGACAUGAGCCAGUGGAAGCAGUGCCGUGAUGAAAUAAUGAAAAUUGAAACCCCUGCUCCUCGGAAACCACUCCAAGUACUGGCCAAGCAGGGUUCCUGGUACCAUGAGAUGGUGACAGCUAUUGAGCCGCUGGAUGACAUCACAGCAGUGACAGACAGCCUGGCCCAGCGGGAGGGCACAAGGCUGGAGACGCCCCCGCCUGCCCUGCUUGGCCCCUGCUCGCCUGCUUCAGUGGCCCCAACCCCAGCCCAGCCCCAUUCCCUGUCCUGGAGGAGAUGCCAAAUGGUCUCCCUGGAUGCUGUCCCCCCAGACCACUCCCCUGGGGCUUCUCGCUCAGUUGCCCCCCCGCGCCCGAAGCGGUGCCCACAGUCUAGAGGCCUCUGCAGCAAAGGUCCACCCCACACUUGGCUCCAGUCACCAGUGUGAGACGGUGUGCUGGCAACAG